UUAUACAUUUCAUAAUGCUAAUACUUGUUCUCUGUAAAUUUAUAUAUCUCGCUUUGUUGUCAUAUUAAAGGCCCGUGGCUGCCAAUUCGACUGUUAUAGAGAUAAAAACAGCUCAUGCAUUCAGUUUAACCAAGUGUUAUAAACAUUAUUCCGCGAAGAACAUGGAAACGAUUGUAAAAUAGGAAAAACAAUUGAAAUUUAAAAAACACACGGCCGUUAGUUUGUAGUGUUCGUUUCAUGUUUAAUUUCCUCGAUAUUCCAUAUGUUACAGCAGCAAUUAACACUAGACGAUGACCGAGUUUUGCUCGUUUUUUUUUUUUUGAUAACGCCAUCUUGUUGUGUCUUUAAAGCGAAUUUGGAUGACUUCAUUUAAAGAAAACGCGUCACAAUCCCAAACAUCAAAACAGUUGUAAUACAACUUCCCUCCAUAAUUACUGCGAUGGGCGGUGACGCGAAAUGCACGUUCGGCACACGUAUGGCCAUCGACAUACACAUGCUUAACGAGAUCAUAUACAGGGAAGUCAAACAUUUCAGGAACUAUAAAAUUUACAGACCCAAUUUCGGAUCAAUCCCUGUUACUGGUAAAUUCUACGCCGCUCAUGAUCAGCUAAAAGCCGAAUCCGAGGAGCAAACGAAAAAAGUGGACGAUUACUAUCACAACGUCGCCCAGACCAGGGCGAAGGGACCACAAAGCAAAUAUCCGUCGCCGGCCACUGAGAACCAAGACGAUAUUUUUCAUCACUUAUAUCGCCCGAUGUCUCGGUUACGUGGCCUACGAAAUGUUUGAAGGCUUCGAAGUAACAGAAUCAGUUAAGACGAAUACAACGAAAUCGAAUCUUUCAACAACCGGCAAUGUAUACUUUACAGAGAAUGAUAACAUCGUUCUGUACGAGAACGUGACCGUAACACCGAAAAGGGUUUCGAAAAUAAAACCUAAAUGUCCUGAAAACGAGAAGCCGUCAAAUAUAGGACCGUACGAAGUACCCACUCAAAGGGACAUCGUAUUUUAUAUUAAAGAUACACUAGUGAGGAUGUACAACGAAUACCACCAGAAGGCGUUGUUGCUGCUGAAAGACAUUAAAGAGGCUACAAAAGCUACAACCGAAAUCGAACAGAAGUGCCACGUCAAACAACGAGAAUCGUAUCGAAACUGCGUAAAACGCGUCGGCAAAAAGUGCGAAACGAUCACGAAAACAUUCGUCACUACAAUAGAGAAGCAAAGGGAAGAUGUGACGUCGUUCAAUGAGGCUACCGUAUGCAAUAUUGCAGCAUUAAAAAUGGAUCCAUUAAAAUUAAUCAAGAUCAUUGCGAUGGAAGACGCAUCAUUGAGUUUCGCUCUGCCCGGUUUCUUAAGAUUAUUAAACGCAUGUUCCAGAUACUGUGAUGAGUCUCCAAAUACAACAGCACUUAAAAAGCCACUCCGACACAUGACAGACCAAGACCUCGUCGUAAAGCAUUUUCUAACCAAAAAGACAUACAUUCAACUCAUAAAAGGGACAGAAUAAAUGACAAAAAAGAAGGACGCAUUCUUAGCAUUCAUUACGAAUGGACGUAUCCAAAGCGAUCGAUCGAACUUCAAGAAUUUCGCGUACCAGCAACUAGAUGUCACCACUGUCAAUGAACUUUUGACAUGAACUUAAUCGUAACUUGAAUAACUUAACCAAAAUACUCUAAGCUUUUUAUGUGAUGUGAAUAACAACCGCCGUGAGAACUCGCUCUCCUACUUGAUGUAUUUAAAUACAAUGUGUGCGAAA